AUGCCUGCCUUUCAGGCCAUCAACCUCGAGCCGGAGGAGAACGUUGACGAGCAGAUCGACACCACCAAAGAGCUCCACGUAGACGAAGCGUUGAAGCUGUUCCAGAAGGCCCUUCGGCUUCAUGCGCAAGGACCAUGGCACCGGGACGCAGCGGCAGAAGCCUACGACGAACUCUUUAAGUGCGAAAUCUUCAAAUACCGCGAGGCCAGGACCGACUACGAGCGAGCCGAGCGACAAAUCGACGGGAAGCCUGAUACUCUAGCUCUUGAGGCCUUCUCGGCUGGCUUGGGCGUUGAUGCUGGUGGCGCCGAUGGUGUUGCAGCAAGCCUGGCGCAAGCGCUCUAUAUUUCGUACAAAAACUACGGCCAGUUCUUUCUCGACAAGCUGAAGGACACAUUCGACCCGUCACAAGGGGUAAAACAGCUGCAUUUUGAUGAUGCGGCAGAUAAAAUUCUCGACAACUGGGCCAAGGCCCUCGACCAAGAUCCAUCAGACCCAGAGCUUUGGCGCAGGACGUCACGAUUCUCAGCAUCCAUCAAUAGCAGCCGACUGAAAAGAUUCUGUCUCGAAGCUGCCAUCGAACUGGAUGAUGACCCAACGGUGGACGAAGUUGAGCCGCCCUCCUUGGCUGAAGGCUGGGCAGGCGAGCAGCUGAAGGAUCACCUUCAUGUGCUCAGCGACGAAAUGGCCCUGACGCAUCCGAGCAUGGCACCAUGGGUGAAUCGGUACAUGCCAGAUGCACUCAAAGUCCAUCUCGACCCUAUAGAGUUUUUGCCCGACCCUACAGCGCAACUUACGCCUCCCCCUUCGACUCCACCAAAAGAGGACGAGGCCGAGGAUAUCUCAAUGACAAUCGUUGACGAGUCAAUUUCAUCUUGGUCUGAACUUGCAGACUCGCUUAUUAAGAACCUGGAUGAUAUCAAGGCUGCUGUCGCUAUUUGUACCAACAUCAAAGCCACGCCAGACGAAGCACUGGAAGAUGUACCUAGGGAUAUCACUCAGUCUACCGAGCAAGAGCAUACUGAGGAACCUGACAACGCCAACGAGGUGCCCUCAGAGAAGGAUGUUAGCGAGAAAAAAAAGGGAGGCGCGGAUAGGUCGGAGAGCCCUACAAAAGCGGUCGAACAAUCGCAGAAAGGAGGCAGCACCCCGAUGCCAACGAGAAAACGAUCACAAUCUGUAGCCGGUAUCCCAGACGGGGCUGAGGAGGAGGUUGGCGCCUCAACGCGAAGCAAGCGGGUUCGUCGUCGAACAGACAUGACGAGCAUCGAAGAGCCUACAAACCCCGCAGCUACAGCGACCGCGCAGUUACAGGCAUACCAGGAGUCGGACCAGAAUCUAUUCCAAGUCACCAAAAACAUUCUCGAAAGCAUCGGUGUCGAAGACAGGAGAACUUUCGACGUACUGAGCCAGAUUCAGGAAAUCUCCUGUAGCGAAGAUCGGCCGGCCAAAUUCACGAACGUCGCAGCCCAAGACCUGCAUGCUAUAUUCGAAAAGUUCAGCGAAACGACCGCAAACGUCUUGCUUAACAAGAAGAGCCAGCCUUCGCUUAGCCUAUCGUCGUUUCUGGAGAAUGCAAAGUCCAGCCACCAGGACCAGACGCCUGCAACAGCCUUCAACGAAAAGAAAGGGCUGCAGCAAUUUGCCGACCUUGUUAAUGCACGCCAAGACUGGAUUACCACAGGUGAUAUUAUCUACGAGUGGGUUCUUGAGCUUAGUAAAAGCUAUGCCGAGCAGCAAUGGCCAGACAAACUCAAAGCGGCAGUUCUUAAUGUGCUAGAGAAUGCUGAUGCUACAGUUUACGGGCACAUUAUUUCGGAUCUGGAACUUGCGACUCGGUCAAAGGAUAUGAAAGCAUUGGAAGCGCUACAAACCGUCAUUCCUAUGCUCUUUGAGCUUCAAAUUGACGUCUACGAGCGCAUAACCAGUCCGACGAGCGUCGUGGACAAUGUCACCCGACUAAAAACGAAAUACAGGCUUGGCCGCUGGUUAACUGUUGCAUCGUACUAUGCUCGCUCUUUACGCCGCCCAGCUAGCGAUCGGCUCUGCGUGCGGUUUCUCUGGGCUUCGGUUAUGGCUUCGGCACUGGCAGACGAGCCUGUUCGUGAGCACAUUCUCGCCAUGUGGACAUCCUUACGAGAGUUUCUUGCCCAAGAAAGCAUCGAGCCUCUCAAUCUCCCCAACAAUGCCGCCAUAUCAAAUAUUUCAGCCGCCGCCGCCGAUCGAGAAAUUUCCAAGCUCAACACAAUGGACUUUUUCCUGAAUUUAUUCCAAGAGAAUAUGACGGAUCCAUUGCCAGUCAUUGAUAUUCUUGAGCCGGUGCUUAAUCCCUCAUCGGUCCAUACAGCCCCAGAGAGAGCGUCCGAGUCAGAUGGGGGGCAAUUACAGCAAUCUGAUCAGGCGACGAAACCAAUCUCGGAAUGUGCCACCCAAGGAAUGCGAGACCUGUGGAAAUUUCUGGAGAACAGUAACAUCGAGCUACGACUUUUCCUGUGGUCUCGCCUUGGCGAUGCGUACGAAGCCAUCAGCUACACAACGAAACGAUUCUCGUGCCUGUUGAAGAGUAUCGAGAUGAUUGUUGAUGACUUUAGCAGCGAUGGAUAUACAAGCAUGCAAGAAGACUCACGACGGAUGCUGCUGAUGAAGACGAUGAAGGCUUUGGAUGAACUGCUUGUCGAUGCCCUGAUUACGGCACUGAAAGACAAGACAGCUUUUGACAUCAUUGACGAAGGCCAUAUCAAACAGAGUGCGGCUGCGCUGGCCCGCCUCAGCACGGUGCUUCACUCAAUUUCAUUAUUCGAGGACGAAGUAAGGGUUGGUCUUCUCGCUGCAAAAUCAACCAACCCAACUUUCCAAUCGCUUUUGAAUAAGCUUCGUGAGAUGCAGGUUCGCAAUUGGUGUCUCCUCUACACCCUGAUCAAGCAAGACAUUUUCUCGAACAAGGACAUCAUAAAACCUGAAAACGAGUUGGCCACGUUCCUUGCUGCGGUUCAUCUAUCCAUCGGCCACCGCAAGUUCUGCAAAGUGUCAAACAAGGUUUUCUUGAACCUCAUGCGUGUCGAGCUGCUCAGCUUGAAUGACGUUGAAAACUGGGAAGACCACCUUGGACAAGUGUUAUACGACGUCUACGGCCUCAAGAUUGGUGUCGGUAUCUGGGAGCUGCAGGAUCAUGGCUGCCCCAAUGAGAAUCUGGAGAAGAGACAGACGAUGCAGCUUGUGGACAAGAUCAUGACGUUGGCAAGUCGCUUCUCGCUAAAGGACUUGCUCAAAUCUGAUCUCAAGACAACCAUCGAUCAUAUGCAGUCCACUAUUGGCCAAACCAAGUCGACGCCACAAAUGAUGCAUAACCUGCGAAACUUGACAGAAGUUCUGAAGAAGCCGAUCCAUCCCCUGCGUUUGUACCGCGCAUUGACUGGCAGUGUUGCGAUGGAUUCUGUGACGGUCAACAUCCCGGAAGCGGCGCUGGCGAAUGGCGGCUGGUUCUUUUUACUAGGCAUGAUCGCCCUGACAAAGUUUAAGGGCGUCGAGCUUAACCGUCGACAAACGCCGGGGGCUACCGAUGAUCUGAGAAUCGGUGCAACAUUUCUACGGUUGCAGCUGCAGCUCACGGCGGAUAAAUGGGACGCAUGGUUUCGCCUCGCAGAAUGCUUCGACUAUGAAUUGGACGAAUCAGUUCUGUGGACGGCAGACAAGAUCAACAAGGACAGGGGCGAGCUUGUUAAAUUGCAACGAAAUGCCAUCCACUGUUACACCCUGGCUCUCUCGCACUCCUACAAGCAAGAGGUGAGCACAAAAGAUGGCGAUGCACUUCACGACCUGUACUAUAAAUUUGCGACACGCAUGUACUCAUCCAGCAGAGAGCCAUUUGCCAUGGAACCGUUUCAGCACGCAGAACAGGAGCGUUUCUUCAUCGAAGACAUGGGCUCGGGUACGUUCAAGAAGAUUGUGCACGACCAGAUGACCAAGCGCCAGGUGUGGAAGUUUGCUGCAAAGUUGUUCAAGAUGGCCAUCGAGCGCAAGCCAAACAACUGGAAGAAUCAUUACAUGCUGGCGAAAUGCUACUGGAAGCUUUUCCGCAACCCAGAGGAGCUACCUGAGGGACAGUCGAAGACUCAAAUCACCACAGACAUGAUUCUGGAUGCCCUAAAAGAGUCAACUGCGGCUACUUACAAGCCGCGUAAAUCCAAGAGCAGUGAUCCCAUCUUGGAGCCUCACUACAAGAUUGUUUCUAUCCUGCACAAAAUGGUGAUCGGGAAGGACAUCACUGCUGCUAAUGCGGCCGAGGUUCUCUCAGAGCAACCAUUCGGCGUCCCCGUCAACCCCAACGACCACUUUGCCAGCUUUUCGGAGCCUGAAGACUGGGAGGAAUACAUCAUUCGCAAUCUGACAAAGCUUCGAGACAAGGACAAGUCAAACUGGCAACACAGAAUUGUCAUGCGCCAUGCCAAGAUUCUAUUCAACGAGGCGGCUAUUAAGGACAGCGCCGACACACUGGUCGAGGCUAAGGCAGCCUUUGGCAUUCUGCGAGACAACAUGUUUACAAAGACCAUGGUGAUGAAUGUGUGGAAGUGCGAUGCGGAGCGUCCUGGUCGUCACCACGUGUUUACAGAGCAGUAUACUCGGUUCAUGGUCAAGUUGUUGGUUAUUAUGAGCAACCGUGUCGAUCUCGAGCUGCUGCUUCGCCGUCUCCGAAAGAAGAGCGCCGACUUUUACCACUUCAACGACCUGUGGCAAUCCUGCUCUGUCGCAUACGUCUCUCUUAUUCGCGAGGUCCACAGCAUCCCUGUUAUCAGCGAAGACGUUUUCAAGUCACUUUCUAUGGAAGAAUUUGAGAUUAUCAGCGACCGCAUCACCCAGUGGGCUGGCGGCGACAGUCCCCAGGUUCCCGCCUUUGAGUGUAUGAAGGAGGCUGUAGAGCUGAAGAAGCUUAACGGCAACCUCAUGAAAGCUGGCCCGAUGGAUGAUCUCAUCAACGACUGUUAUUCCAAGCUUUACACAGACGUCGCAACCAGCCUGCCAGGUCUCGAGCCUAGUAAGGUUAUCGAAGAUCGUAACCAAGCGAAAGAGAUUACGGAUCGUCUGGAGCUCGAGGCAGCGAAAGAAACCGCCAAGUCCCUGGCCGAGGGCGACGGCAGCCAUGACAAACAAUCGGCAAUUGCGGAGAGUGAUAAACAUACCGAGAAGCCAUGGGGCCCUAUUGGCAGUUACCUGACAGUCGCUCCUGAGAUUGACAGUGGUGCUGGGACCACUACGCCGAUGGACACAGAAAAGUCGGAAGCUGCACCUAGACGAAAGACCGGCGUCAGGCGACCCGACAUUCUUCGCAAGGCUGAGCAAGCAGUUGUUCGCGCUCUGGAGCCACCAAAGACGGCAGCAAAGAGCCGCAAGAGUAGUAUCUCUAGCGCCAAGCGAGGAAGCCAAGGUCCGAACAUGGCCAUGAGCGACGACGACAGUGAUGACAGCCCGGAGGCACAGAUGCGGCGCGAGGCGGGAGAGCAGUCUGAUGAAGACAUGCAAGAGGUCGAUGGCCAAUCCAGGCCGAUAGACAUGCUCGGCCUUCUCGACUCGGGCGAGGACAGCGAUUUGAGCGACGCGCCUGAAGGUUACGACCAAGAGGUAUCUGAGGGGUUGCUGAAUCUUGGCCGUCACAGUGACACUAGCGGUGAUGACGCGGACAGCGAAGAUGAAGGCGAAGAGGUGGGCAUCCUUGACGUUGUCCACGAUGUACCAAUGGCCGACGCUGAAGAGCACAUCCUCGGGGAUGAGGUCCAUGAAGACCAGACUCUCGAGGAUGAGGUUGUCGAUGAGGAGCAUGCUCUGGAGGACGAGACUGAUGAGGAGGAUAUGUUUGAGGACGACGUCGUUGAAGAGGAGAUCCAUGCUGCUGGCGUAACAGAGGACGACGAAGACGCCGACAUUGAGGAUGAGGAGCUCGAAGGUGAAGAAGACGAGGAGGUUGAGGUUGAAGAAGGCGUGGCAGUCGAGGAGGGCGAUGAGGCAGAAGAGUUCGAAGAGGGGGAAGAAGAGCUAGAGGGAGCGGAUGGCGAAGAGAUAGAGGUGGAUGAGGAAGAGGAGGAAACAGAGGGGGACGAAGAAGGAGAGGAGAUAGAGGCUGAGGUUGAAGGAAGCGAAGAAGAUGAAGAAGGCGAAGAUGGUGAGGAGGCAGAAGAUGGUGAGGAGGCAGAAGAAGAGGGUGAUGAAGUUGAUGAGGAAGUCGACGAGGAGGAGGAAGGGGAUGAGGAAGAAGAAGAGGAAGUGGAAGUAGGCGAAGAAGAGGAAGUGGAAGUAGAAGUAGGCGAAGAAGAUGACGAAGAAGAUGACGAAGAGGAAGGCGAAGAGGAAGAUGGCGACGAAGGUGAGGAAGGCGACGAAGAUGAAGGCGAUGAGGAGGGUGAAGAAGAGGAUGAGGACGAAGAUGAAGACAUGGAGGACGCCGAGGAUGACGACCCGGACCGAUAA